UGUUUGGGCUUGGGACCGGGCACGGGGCAAGGCCGCCCAAAGGUAACAGCGAGUGGCGAACGACGAGGGCUGAAGAGAGAAGUGUAGGGGAUACGAAGACAGCAGCCUCAGCGAGAGUUCAGACGGGACGUUUCUGAUGAAAUCCACAGCAAGCAGUGGAAAGAAACUUUGAACCUUUCCCUGCUUUGCAAUCCUGGAGUCUUAACUCCUCCUUCAGGAAGCUUCUCAGAGCCAGAGGAAGAAGAAGGUGGGGGAAAGAGUGAAGUUGCAGCUGUUCCUGAAGACUUGUCCUAUCUUGUAAUUGGUGUGGGAAACUAGAAAGACUGAAGGAAGUUGCUGCAUGUGGACUCUUUGAAACAAAAUGCUUUCUUUGAAGAAGUACUUCACAGAAGGACUCAUCCAGUUCACCAUUCUCCUCAGCUUGAUUGGUGUAAGGGUGGACGUAGAUACCUACCUGAAUUCGCAUCUUCCUCCUCUGCGGGAGAUCUUUCUGGGUCAGAGCUCAGCUUACACCCAAACACAGUUCCACAACCUGCGGAACACUUUAGAUGGCUAUGUCAUUCAUCCCAAAAGUGUAGACCUGGACUACUAUUUCACAGCUCGCCGGCUCCUUAACCAGGUGAGGGCCCUGGACAGGAUUCAGGUGCCCAGUACUGAAGUCAGUGCCUGGCUGGUACAUCGAGAUCCUGAAGGUUCUGUCUCUGGUGCACAACCCAGUGCAGGCAUUGCCCUUGAGAAUGGCAGUGGUUUGCAAAAUGGAACUGUUCCAGACAAUGUGGUGAGAGAAAAUGGAGCAGAGCAAGGAUUUGGUGAAGAGCUGGAAGACCUAGGUGCGGUGGCUCCUCCAAUGAAUGGUGAUCUAACCAAAGAGGACAUUGAUUUAAUUGACAUCCUGUGGAGACAGGAUAUUGACCUUGGAGCUGGGCGUGAGAUUUUUGACUACAGCCACCGCCAAAAAGAGAACGAAGUGGACAAAGAACCGAGUAAUGGGGAGGAGCAUGGGGAUGGCUGGAGGAGCAGAGGGGGCAACAUUGCUGACAGGGCCUUGCUAGUGGAUGGCGAGACGGGCGAGAGCUUCCCUGCACAGGUGCCUGGGGUUGAAGACCAGACAGCCUUGUCCUUGGAGGAGUGCCUUAGGCUGCUGGAGGCCACAUUUCCUUUUGGGGAGAAUUCAGAGUUUCCAGCUGCAGAUGUCCCCAGUCUAACUGAAGCUCUGCCUACUGAGAGCGGCUCCUCAGUUGUGCCAGACGGGCUCCUGUCUCCCCUUCUGACAGAGACAGAGUUGCCCUUCGAUCUGGAGCAGCAGUGGCAGGACCUUAUGUCUAUCAUGGAAACACAGGGUAUGGAGGUGAACAGCACAGCAGCUGGGGAGACCCUGUACAACAGCACAGGUGGAGACAUCCUGACAGCCAACUACAGCCUUGCCCCAUCCACGCCUAUUAACCAAAAUGUCAGCCUGCAUCAGGCAUCGCUGGGCAGCUGCAGCCAGGACUUCCCUUCCCUGUUCAGUUCUGAGCUUGAGAGCCCUUCAGUGGUUGGCAGCUCGGCUUUGUUGCAGCUGGUUCCUGACAACUCUACUGGCUUCAACACCACAUUUGGCUCCACCAAUCUGAGUGGGAUCUUCUUUCCUCCCCAGCUAAACAGCACUGUAAAUGAUACAUCUGGGCCUGAACUCCCAGAUCCUCUUGGGGGUCUUCUGGAUGAGGCCAUGCUGGAUGAGAUUAGCUUGAUGGACUUGGCUAUUGAAGAAGGCUUUAACCCAGUACAGGCCUCCCGCCUGGAGGAAGAGUUUGAUUCAGACUCAGGGCUCUCGUUGGACUCAAGCCACAGCCCUGCUUCCCUCAGCAGCUCAGAAGCAUCAUCAUCUUCAUCCUCUUCAGCCUCUUCCUCCUUUUCUGAGGAGGGGGCUGUAGGCUACAAUUCAGACUCUGAAAAUGUAGACUUUGAAGAUGCAGAAGGGGCUGUUGGGUAUCAGCCAGAGUACAGCAAAUUCUGUCGAAUGAGCUACCAGAACCCGUCUCAGCUGCAGUACCUGCCUUACCUGGAGCACGUAGGUCACAACCACACCUAUAACAUGGCCCCCAGGACCUUAGACACUGAUGAGCCACAGCCAGCCAGCAUGGGGAAGAAAAGUGCUAAGGAUAAGCAAGCAGACUUCCUAGAUAAGCAGAUGAGCCGAGAUGAACACCGUGCCCGAGCCAUGAAGAUUCCUUUUCCCAAUGAGAAGAUCAUCAACUUGCCUGUGGAGGAAUUCAAUGAACUCCUGUCCAAGUACCAGUUGAGUGAAGCCCAGCUAAGUCUAAUCCGGGACAUCCGGAGGCGGGGUAAAAACAAGAUGGCUGCCCAGAACUGUCGUAAGAGAAAGCUAGAUACUAUCCUCAAUUUGGAACGAGAUGUGGAGGAUUUGCAGAGAGACAAGUCAAAGCUGCUCAGGGAGAAGGUGGAAUUCCUCAGGUCCAUCCGCCAGAUGAAGCAAAAGGUGCAGAGCCUCUACCAGGAGGUGUUUGGUCGCCUCCGUGAUGAGAAUGGCCAGCCCUACUCCCCAAAUCAGUAUGCCCUACAACAUGCCAGUGAUGGCAGUGUCAUCCUAAUACCACGCUCCUUGGCUGAGCAGCAGGGGAGGCGCCAAGAGAGGAAACAGAAAGACAGGAGAAAGUGAAAGAUGAUGAAUGUCUGCAGGGGAGCAUAAAACUUGCUAAAACUACAUCCUGGAGAAGGGCUGAGCCCGGAAGAAUUUGAAGGAACUUUCAUGCCUUCUUAUCCAAUAUAUCUUCUCAAACCAUGAUAGCUGCCAGUCAGUGUAUAGGAGCAGACUGCUGGGCGGGGGGCCUACAAGUCUUGAGAGGCAGAAUAGGAAAGCAUGUUGGGAAAGACCUGUGCCCCCAGCAUCCUGGAACCCAUUGUUGAACGUUGUGGGAGGGGGGAACUAGCUGGCAUACUGUGUGUUGUGGGGGGAGCCUCAGUGGAGGGUAGAAAAUUUGAUUUCUUAAAGCUGGAUUUUUUUUAAAAAGGAAAAAAAGUUAAGCGACUGAGCAGGCUUAAGAGAGUAUUUUAUUUUCCUUUGAACUUCCAAAACAUGGAUAUUUCAGGUAGCUGGUUUGCUUUUUUAGAACCAGUUUUGACAUCAGUUGUGUGCAAUUAGAAAAUACAGCUGAAUCCCACACCUUAGCCAUCAUCCCUUCCUAGAUCUGUGUGCGUGCGUGCGCGUGUGUGUGUAAGUGUAACUACAAGUGGAACACAUGAGAUUGUGUUAUUUUGGUGAAAAGGGAAGGGAUGUUUUCUUAACCCUUUUCAGCUUGAGGGGAAGUGAGAGAUUUCCAUUCAAGGAAUUGACAAGUACACCCUUGAUGGUAGAUUUUGGCUGCCAUAAAUGUUGGGAGGGGGAGACUGCAAAAGAUUAAUAAUAUUACCAUGAUGUGCAUCUCACUAAGCAUGUCACUGCCCACAGUGAGGAACCAGUAUUAAGAUGCAUUAUGUCAAGGUGCAUGUUAAACUGCAUGCUACGAUGCUGUUUUUUCCCACCAAGGGCUUGAGGAUCCUGCUUUGGGUGAAAAGAGGUGGGGCCAGGUGUGAAAAGUGCACCUUCACCUAACUGGGGUUUGCAAGGUGGGAAUCUAGUAUGUGGUCAUCACGUGGUCUAGGUCUACAGCACAAUGGGUUUGCUCCCAUUAAGUGGGCAUGUUGUAUUCAGAGAAUAGCCAUCUACAGCAAACCCCUUUGUUAAUGGGCACUUUGCUUUUCUUUUCUUUUUUUAAGGGCACUGUGCUCCUGUGUUACUUGCCUCUCCCCUUUAGAAUGAACUUAGUAUGCAUGUUGGAAAGAAGGGAGGUGCUUCCCCCAGAUGAACGAAGCUGCUGAAAGUUCUUUUUGCCAUAAAGACUGGAUGUGUUAACUGUGAUUCCACAGCUGGUUUCCCUUCUGUCCUUUCUGUCCUUGGGUGUCAUUCCAACUUCCCCCUUCCCCCCCUCUUUAAAAAAAAAAGGGUGAAGGGUGAGGGUAGUGCCUUGAACACAGCUGGCCUCAAGCUCCGAGGCAAUCCUCGAAGCUGUUAACUUGCAGUAUAGCACAGCUGGGAGUAUUACUGACUUUACCAGCAACUGUUGAGCUAAAUGGCUUUGGUUUUUCCCAGCCAGUCAGUCCUGUGUAUGUGAUGGCAUGUGAGGGUAUAGCACUGAAAUGGGCAUCCUCCAGAGGGUUGUAGGGGUAUGUAGCACUGUUUUAUGUGGUAGAGGGCAAUUUUUGCAGUCGGAUAUUCUGUAUGAUCUUGUUUUCUGAAUGCCAUUUCUUGCAGGGUGGGGUGGGGUGGGGUGGGAAGUAAACUAAUGUUGAGUCUUUCACCUCUCUUGCUCCUGUGAUUUGACAGCAUUAAACUUGAAGCACAAAAUGUGUUGGAGCUGCGGCUGAAUUGCCAGAUGGUUAGGAUGGAGCCCUGAUGUGUGCAUGUGUUAAUUUAUUUUUUCCUUUGAGGUUUUAUUUUGAAUGGUUUCUGUGACCUGUUGGGGGAAGAGAAGAGAGAGAGUGUGUGAGCACAGGACAAAAAUAAAAUGGCUUAUUCACUA